AUCUCUAAAUCCAUUAUCUCAUAGAGAGUGAAAGACGAUGUCAGUUGAGACCUACAGUGAUUUUCAAGAGCUGCCAGAGGGUUUUAUAGCCACCGCGCUGUCGCUGACCACCCCCAAGGACGCCUGCCGCCUCUCAUUGGUGUCUACGACAUUCCGGUCAGCUGCAGAAUCCGAUGCCGUUUGGGAGCGGUUUUUACCGCCUGAUUAUCGUGACAUCAUUUUACGCUUAAUUGACGAUGGUGAUUUGUUUCUAGCUAAAUUUCGCUCCAAGAAAGAGCUUUAUUUCCACCUCUGCGACAACCCGAUCAUCAUCGACGGUGGCAUCAAGAGCUUUUCAUUGGAGAAAGGAACAGGAAAGAAGUGCUUUAUGGUGGCUGCAAGGGAUCUCUUCAUUGUGUGGGGUGAUACACCUGAAUAUUGGCAAUGGAUCUCUCUUCCCGAGUCCAGAUUUCUCGAGGUGGCAGAGCUUCUUAAUGUGUGUUGGUUUGAAAUUCGUGGCAACAUAAACACGAGUAUGCUGUCUUCGGGAACUACAUAUACAGCUUACCUUGUGUUCACUUCAAAAUCAGGAACAUGCGGUUUUGAUUACCAACCUGCUGAAGCUAUGGUAGGAAUUAGUGGGCAGGAUGGUGUAAAACGAACUGUGUGUUUAGAUCCAGAGGGAGAACGAAAGCACGGGUACCAGCUUGUACCUAGGCGAAUAUUUUAUAAUCACAGAAUGGCUCAUAUAUCUCGACGGCAAGGCGAUUUGUCCUCAGGGCGCGUUACCGAGUACCCGAAGGUUAGAGCAGAUAAGUGGAUGGAAGUUGAGUUGGGAGAGUUUUUCGUCGGCCAAGAACAAGAUUUGGAUAUGGAAAUCAGUUUGACAGAGACAGAGGGUGGAAACUGGAAGAAUGGUCUUAUUAUUCAAGGGAUUGAGAUCAGACCAAAAUCUGAGUGAAACUACAAACUUCAAUAGAAAUGAAUUACUGGGUAUGGGAUUCCAAUUAUGCGCAAUUCAGAAUGUCCAAAAUCUCUCAACUUCAACGGGUAAGAACACAACUACAUAUGACUACGUAUGUGUCAUUUUUACCUAUGGCCUAGGGGUAUCUCGAGUCUCGACAAAGUUUAGAGUGUUGUUUCUCUGUGUUUUGUAUAAAUGAGAAAACAAGUAAAAGAGUGUCAAGGAUGAUCUUCCUUUCCUUGCAAUCCUCUGCACUGAGGAUCAUUCCUCUCUUACCAGUCCCCCGGUCAAGCUUGCCAAACUGUUCUGAAAAGAACACUUGAGAAAGUAAAUGAAACUUUUUUUAAGUCAGUCUUGUUUCCAAAUACAUGUUAUAAGUAAACAUUUUUACUCGGCAAGUAAAAGAACUGGUGUAAGGACCCAAAGGGCAUGAUUUCGAUUGGGUGUGAAAAAAAUUGGUGUAUGGACCAUUUUUAUAUAUUAGAAAAUCUGUCAUUUUAUUUUGCAAAAAUG